UCUCGCCUCUCUCGCUCUCCCAUCCCCGACUCGAGUACUCGAGCCUCUGCUUCUUCUUCUUCUUCCUAAGCUCCUCCUACCCUGUUUCUUCACUCUCCUUCCAACCUUGGCUUAAACCCCCAUCGGUUUGGGAUUCUGUUGGGCUGUGGGGGAGAGAGCGAAGCAGCUUAGGCAAUGGCCCCCAAGGCCGGCCGUGGCAAGGGCAAGGGCGGCAAAGGCGACAGGAAGAAGAAGGAAGAGAAAGCCGUGCCGAAUGCCAUAGACGUCACGGUUACAACCCCGUAUGAGUCCCAGGUUACACUCAAGGGGAUAUCGACGGAUCGCGUGCUGGACGUGAGGAGGCUGCUGGGCUCGAACGUGGAGACUUGUCACCUGACAAACUAUUCACUCUCCCAUGUGGCGCGAGGGCAUCGGCUGGAGGACGGCGUGGAAAUCGUGGCGCUGAAGCCUUGCGCUCUCACGAUCGUGGAAGAUGAGUACGCGACGGAGGAGGCCGCGGUGGCGCACAUCCGCCGGCUGCUGGACAUCGUCGCCUGCACCACCGCGUUCGCCAAGCCCCGCGACGGCGCCAAGCACAAGCAGUCCAAGCACGGGCCCCCGGCGACGCCGCCAUCACCCCCCGCGGCCAAUGGCGACAGCGGCGCCGCCGUCGCCGCCGCGGCGUCCGCGAUAUCGGAGGCGCACGACAUGGCGGCCAUCGGGCCGCCGCCGAAGCUCGGCGGGUUCUACGAUUUCUUCUCCUUCGCCCACCUCACCCCGCCCCUCCACUUUAUCAGGAGGAAGGAGAUGAAUGCUUCUGCUCAGGAAGGCGAUUACUUCGAUAUCGAGGUGAAGGUUUGCAACGGGAAGCUUCUGCAUGUUGUGUCUUCAGUCAAGGGUUUUUACCUGGCAGGGAAGCCUCACACCGUAAGCCGAUCCUUGGUGGACUUGCUGCAACAGCUCAGCAGUGGAUUUGCCAAUGCAUACGAGGCACUGAUGAAAGCUUUUGUGGAUCACAACAAGUUUGGGAAUCUACCAUACGGGUUUCGUGCAAACACAUGGCUUGUUCCUCCUAUAUAUGUCGACUCUGCUACAAAGUCCCCAGCAUUGCCUGUUGAGGAUGAGAACUGGGGUGGACAUGGAGGUGGCUGUGGACGAGACGGAAAAUAUGACAGGAGACGGUGGGCGAAAGAGUUCACUAUUUUGGCUAGGAUGCCAUGCAAAACUGAGGAAGAGAGGGUGAUCAGAGACCGGAAGGCUUUCCUUUUGCACAAUCUUUUUGUGGAUACAGCGAUUAUCAGAGCUGCAUCGACGAUACGGCGACUCAUUGGUACUAGUCCGCAAACUAGUCCCGAUGGUUUGUUAGUACUUGAUGAACGUAUAGGGGACUUGCAUAUAACUGUAAACAAGGAUGAGGCUGAUGCUAGUUUGAAGUUGGAGGACAAAGUUGAUGGAGUUGCCGUCUACCAAACGGGUGAUAUGGAUAUAUCACAAAGAAAUCUUCUGAAAGGUUUAACUUCUGAUGAGAGUGUCGUUGCAAAGGAUUCAUCCACACUUGGAGUUGUGAUUGUUAAGCACUGUGGAUAUACAGCAACAGUGAAGGUUUCAGGACGCACAAAGAACUGUAGUGAUGACAAACAAACCAGUGAUAUCUCUGAUCAUCUGGAUGGAUUUCUGAACAUCGAUGUAGAUGAUCAUCCAGAUGGAGGUUCUAAUGCCCUUAAUGUUAACAGUCUAAGAAUACCACUGCCAAAAAUUGUCAACGCAGAUAUUGCUGCCAGUAAUCAGCAUCUUGCCUCAAAGUCCCAUGCCGAUAAUUAUGCGAGGAAACUAGCACGUACAGUACUUGAAUCCAGCUUGAUGAAGCUUGAGAACACACCGAACAAAAAUCCUAGACUUAUCAGAUGGGAACUUGGGUCCUCCUGGCUGCAACACUUGCAGAAAAAGGAUUCUUCUGUUUCUGAGAACGGUGAAAAGAAUGCUAAAAAGGCUGAAAAAGAUCCAUCUGUCAAAGGUCUCGGCAAGCACUUUGAACAGUUAAGGAAAAUUAAAAAGAAAGAAUGCAUUGUUGAAGGUGCGAAGUCCGAUAAGGAAGAAUCUGACAGUAAUUACUCGCUAGCAAAUGGUAUGGAAGAAUCAGAUAAUGUAGCAUUUAGCAAAACCAAUAAGGAGGCUGAUAUGAGAAAGCUGAUUCCAGAGGACGCCUUUUGUCGCUUGAAGAGUUUGGGAGCUGGUUUCCAUCAAAAGUCCCUUGAAGAGCUCACAAAGAUGGCCCACAAGUUUUAUGAUGACACUGCACUCCCAAAGCUGGUUGCUGAUUUUGCUUCCCUUGAACUUUCUCCAGUGGAUGGAAGAACCAUGACCGAUUUCAUGCAUACAAGGGGACUUAAUAUGUGCUCAUUAGGCCGUGUGGUUGAGCUAGCAGAGAAGCUCCCACACAUCCAGUCAAUAUGUAUCCAUGAAAUGGUGAUUCGAUCCUUUAAGCAUGUCAUUCGAGCUGUUAUUGCAGCUGUUGAUGACAUGCAAAAUAUGUCUGCCGCUAUAGCCGAGACUUUGAACAUUUUACUGGGAUCUCCAAGACUAGAAAAUGAUCUUCAUUCAGAUGCCCAUAAUGAGCAUAAGUUGCGAUUGAAAUGGGUAGAGAGCUUCCUUUCUAAAAGAUACUGUUGGAAAUUGAAAGAUGAAUUUGCACACUUGCGGAAGUCCAUUAUUCUGAGAGGGCUUUGCAGCAAGGCUGGCCUUGAGUUGGUUGCAAGAGAUUAUGAUAUGAAUAGCCCAAACCCGUUUGACAAAUCCGACAUUGUCAACAUAGUUCCUGUAUGCAAGCAUGUUGUCUACUCAUCUAUCGAUAGUCGAAACUUACUAGAAUCAUCAAAGAUGGCUUUGGAUAAAGGAAAGCUUGAUGAUGCUGUCAACUAUGGAGCAAAGGCUUUGUCGAAAGUUAUAGCAGUUUGUGGUCCAUACCAUCGUCUGACUGCUAAUGCAUACAGUCUUCUUGCUGUAGUUCUUUACCAUACUGGAGAUUUUAAUCAGGCAACUAUAUAUCAACAGAAGGCACUUGAUAUCAAUGAAAGGGAGCUAGGUCUUGAUCAUCCCGAAACUAUGAAGAGCUAUGGGGAUUUAUCAGUUUUCUACUACCGCCUCCAACACAUUGAGAUGGCUCUGAAGUAUGUCAACCGUGCACUAUAUCUACUUCAAUUUUCUUGCGGGCUUUCACAUCCAAAUUCAGCUGCCACCUACAUAAAUGUGGCUAUGAUGGAAGAAGGUAUGGGAAAUGUUCAUGUUGCUCUCAGGUAUUUGCAUGAAGCACUGAAGUGCAACAAGAGAUUACUCGGAGCUGAUCACAUACAGACUGCUGCAAGCUACCAUGCAAUAGCCAUAGCCCUCUCCAUGAUGGAUGCAUACACCCUAAGCGUGCAACAUGAACAAACCACCUUACAGAUCCUUCAGGAGAAACUUGGAGAAGAUGACCUUCGAACUCAGGAUGCUGCUGCUUGGCUGGAGUAUUUCGAUUCAAAAGCAUUAGAGCAACAAGAGGCUGCUCGAAGAGGCAUCCCCAAACCUGAUUCAUCUAUUGCAAGUAAAGGACAUCUUAGUGUAUCAGAUCUACUUGACUACAUAAGCCCGGACCAGGAAAGAAAAGAGAGGGAUAUGCAACGGAAGUGCAGGCGUGCAAAGAAUAAUACCAGAGCCCAUCAGGGUGAAUCAGUUGAAGAAAAGGAGAAUUCCCAGCAUGAUUCAGGAUCUCUUCAAGCAGACAAAAAGGAUUUCCAAGAAACAAAACUGGAAGUGCACACUCCUGUAGUAGCAGAACAAAUUCAAAUUCAUGCUGUGCAUGAUGAGCUGAAGCAGGCAGAUACUUUGUCACCUGAAGAAUAUUCUGAUGAAGGUUGGCAAGCAGCUACUUUGAGAGGAAGAUCUGCAAAUGUACGGAAGAAAAGCAUCCGCAGAAAGCCAUCUCUCAGUAAGUUAGUGGUUGAUCGCGUUGAAGAUGGUCAUACUGCUUCUGCUUAUAGGACUGGUGUACAGCCACAAACAAAAGGAGAUAAAGAGGAGGCCAUAAACUCCCCUAGCCAACUCUCAUUUGGUAACUUCUUCAAGAGUGACAAGUUGAGCGGGGAUACUGCCACUAUUGAAGACAUGCUUUGCAAAGCUAAAUCUAAACCAGAACGGAGCAUAAAGCCUCCAGGAAUCAACAGGCCAACUAACAUAGCUUCCAAGUUGGUGUCAUACAAAGAUGUGGCAGUGUCACCCCCUGGCACAGUGUGGAAACCAAUUUUGGAAAAGAAGGAAGCAAAGGAGAAGGAUAAUGGACAAUGUACUGAUGUAGUACUGCCAUCUGAGAAAGAAGAUAAGAAGCUUACAGAUGAAGAGAAGGAAAAGCUAGGUAGUGAGAGCAGCAAAGAGGUUGUCUCAAGUCAGACUGAGGGAGUUGGCCAUGCAGAGAAAGCGCCUGACAGCAACAGUGAUGAAAGCCCAUCUCCACAGAAGAAAGCAAAUGGAAGCAAACUUUCAGCUUCAGCGCCUCCAUUCAAUCCGGGAUCGCUGUUAUCAGUGUCCCAUCCUUACAGCACAGUGGCAAUAUAUGAUGCAAGUGUUCUUCUUCAGCCAAUUCCAAGUCAAGCAAUGGAGAUUCUCCCUCACGCUGUUGAUACUAGAGUACCUCGUGGUCCUCGGUCCACCUUGUACUACCGUACUGGGCAUUCUUUCCAGAGGAAACAGGGUUAUACACAGAGCCAGAGCACUAUUCAGAGGGGUAGCACCUCACCACCAGCCAUGAAUCCUCAUGCUGCCGAGUUUGUGCCUGGAAAAUCUUUGCCACAAACUGAUGUGGCUAAUGGAGAGCAUACUUCCACAACUGAUUCAGCAGAUCAGCACUUGGCAUCACAGGCCUCAGAUGAAGUGAAGGUUGAUAUUCCUGCCGCAGAUAAGGCAGGGGAAACGGAGAACACAACUCCAGGUAAAGGGAAGGAAAACAGGGGGAGAGAUGCGAUGAGAGAUUCAUACAAAGCAGAGCUGGCGAGGCAGAUUCUGCUCAGUUUCAUCGUCAAGUCAGUGCAUGAUAGUUUAGGUUCAACUAGAGCUCAACCAGACAGAAAACCAAUUGGGUCAGAGGAAGGUAGUAAAGAACAAAUCAGCAACAUAACCAAGACAGUCUCAGGCCGCAAGGAAGUCGACAAACAACCGAAGGCCGCCGAGGCACCAAAAAGCGAGAAGGAUACAGAGGGUUUUACAGUAGUUUCAAAACGUAGAAGAAGCAAGCAGCACUUCGUGACUCCCAUUAAUGGUCUCUACUCUCAGCAGUCGAUUGCCACUUCAGUCAGCUGAGGUUGCUGCACUUUUGUGAGAUCUGCAGUAUGUUGGAAGAUGGUGUUGCUUACUUUGCUCUUAGGUGCUUGGUAGCAGAGUUUUGCCCUAUCCAGAUGAGCAACCAUUCAUGUUGCCAAACUGUACAAAGUUUUCCGUAAUCCCCUUUUCUAAUAAACUUUUGUAAUUUGAAAUAGCAGUAGUGCUGAAUAAAAUGUUUUUUUUUCUGCUUCAUAUGCAGGCGCCCUUCGUAUGCACUGUGUUCUGUAUGACAGAAUAAUAGGAUAUAAUAGCAAAUAUUUAUUUCAUCCAA